AUGGGUGCAUCAGGCUUAGGUUCUGCUUUAGCAAAUUGCACUAAUCUCUCAAAUUUGACACUUAAUCUUCGUUAAAAUUAUAUUGGUGCAAUGGGUGCAUCAGGCUUAGGUUCCGCUUUAGAAAAUUGCAUUAAUCUCUCAAAUUUGACACUUGAUCUUCGUUGGAAUAAAAUUGGUGCAAUGGGUGCAUCAGGUUUAGGUUCUGCUUUAUCAAAUUGCAUUAAUCUCUCAAAUUUGACACUUGAUCUUCGAAACAAUUAAAUUGGUGCAAUGGGUGUAUCAGGCUUAGGUUCUGCUUUAGCAAAUUGCAUUAAUCUCUCAAAUUUGACACUUCACCUUGGUAACAAUAAAAUUGGUGAUGAAGGUGCAUCAGGCUUAAGUUCUGCUUUAGCAAAUUGCAUUAAUCUCUCAAAUUUGACACUUGAUCUUCGUGGGAAUUUAAUUGGUGCAAUGGGUGCAUCAGGCUUAGGUUCAGCUUUGGCAAAUUGCAUUAAUCUCUCAAAUUUGACACUUUACCUUUAAAACAAUUAAAUUGAUGCAAUGGGUGCAUCAGGCUUAGGUUCUGCUUUAGCAAAUUGCAUUAAUCUCUCAAAUUUGACACUUAAUCUAGAUGAAAAUUAAAUUGAUGAUGAAGAUGCAUCAGGCUUAGGUACUGCUUUAGCAAAUUGCAUUAAUCUCUCAAAUUUGACACUUGAUCUUCGUGAAGAUUAAAUUGGUGAUGAAGGUGCAUCAAGCUUAGGUUCUGCUUUAGCAAAUUGCAUUAAUCUCUCAAAUUUGACACUUAAACUUUGUUACAAUUAAAUUGGUGCAAUAGGUGUUUCAGACUUAGGUUCUGCUUUAGCAAAUUGCAUUAAUCUCUCAAAUUUGACACUUGAUCUAGAUUCCAAUACAAUUGGUGAUGAAGGUGCAUCAGGCUUAGGUUCUGCUUUAGCAAAUUGCAUUAAUCUAUCAAAUUUGGCACUUUAUCUAGGUGGGAAUUUAAUUGGUUCAAUGGGUGCAUUAGGCUUAAGUUCUGCUUUAGCAAAUUGCAUUAAUCUCUCAAAUUUGACACUUGAACUUUGUUACAAUUAAAUUGGUGCAAUAGGUGUUUCAGACUUAGGUUCUGCUUUAGCAAAUUGCAUUAAUCUCUCAAAUUUGACACUUGAUCUUUGUUCCAAUACAAUUGGUGAUGAAGGUGCAUCAGGCUUAGGUUCUGCUUUAGCAAAUUGCAUUAAUCUAUCAAAUUUGGCACUUUAUCUAGGUUACAAUUAAAUUGGUCCAGUGGGUGCAUCAGGCUUAGGUUCUGCUUUAGCAAAUUGCAUUAAUCUCUCAAAUUUGACACUUAAACUUUGUAACAAUUAAAUUGGUUCAAUGGGUGCAUUAGGCUUAAGUUCUGCUUUAGCAAAUUGCAUUAAUCUCUCAAAUUUGACACUUGAACUUAAUUUUAAUUAAAUUGGUGCAAUUUGUGCAUCAGGCCUAGGUUCUGCUUUAGCAAAUUGCAUUAAUCUCUCAAAUUUGACACUUGAACUUAAUGAAAAUUAAAUUGGCGAUGAAGGUGCAUCAGGCUUAAGUUCUGCUUUAGUAAAUUGCAUUAAUCUCUCAAAUUUGACACUUGAUCUUCGUAACAACUAAAUUGGUGCAAUGGGUGCAUCAGGCUUAGGUUCUGCUUUAGCAAAUUGCAUUAAUCUCUCAAAUUUGACACUUGAUCUUAGGUCUAAUUAAAUUGGUGCAAUGGGUGCAUCAGGCUUAGGUUCUGCUUUAACAAAUUGCAUUAAUCUCUCAAAUUUGACACUUGAUCUUUGUAACAAUUAAAUUGGUGAAAUGGGUGCAUCAGACUUAGGUUCUGCUUUAGCAAAUUGCAUUAAUCUCUCAAAUUUGACACUUAAACUUUGUAAAAAUUAAAUUAAUGCAAUGGAUGCAUCAGGCUUAGCUUCUGCUUUAGCAAAUUACAUUAAUCUCUCAAAUUUGACAGUUUAUCUAGAGCUUAGCAAAAUGAAUGAAUCAUAAAAAUUCAAAGUAUUAAGCAAGUAUCUUAAAUUAAAAAGAUUAGUUGUCUUUAAAUUCUAUCAAAAAAUCAGGUGA